ACUAGGGUUUUGAUUAGCAAGGGAGAAAGUGAGAAACAAACCUAAAAGGCAACUGAUGCAAAUUCUUGUGACUGUUCCCACGGAAAGAAAGACUAACUAUAUAAAUUUCAAUCUUGCCUUUUAAGUUUCUAAACUGACUCUAUUCAUGGACCCAUUAAUCGGAGUGGGGAUACUGAAAGUCCGGUUUGGCCCAGUCCAAUCCAUAACCACUAAUUGUAUGUGAUUGAAUAUACAAACUAAUACCUCACCACCAUGUCAUGCCAGCCACAUCUCCACACCAAGGAAUGCCAGCCAUGCCAGCCGCACCGUCGUGCCCAUGACAUGCCAUGUCAUCAACGUAUUCGUACCAAAAUCAUACCGGUCAUGCCUCCAUGACUCAACAACAUUGUUAAGAGUGGGUAAAUGUUGACUAAGGAGGGUAUCAAAUUUCAUAUAAGACAAACUAAAAAGUAUUAUAUUUUAUAUGAGAUUUGGUAUCCUCCCAGUAAACCAAUGUCCCCCAUUAGCAGUCACGCAGCUCAACUGGUAUGGAAAGCUGGCUUACCGAAACUGAUGACACCACCAUCUAUUAGGAAGCACAUACUUUCUCCAACAUGCUUAUAGUUAGUAGCAUCCCAUUGGUUCCACAUUAAUUGUUGUUCAUUAAACAUGAACAUUUGGUUCAGUAAGUUGAAGAAGUAAUAAAUGUAAUGAGCCAUUAGCCUGCUCCAGUGGUGGUGGUGGAUCACAAUCAAAAGCAUCACGUUUAUAAACUUCACAAAUUCCAACAAUGACUUUGUCUACAUCCAUUGAAAGUCAAAUAGGUGCCCCAUAUGAGAAUUCGUAAGUGUGAUGUAUAAUUCAGAAAGUGACGUAAACAAGGUGUAAUUAUAUUUUGCGUCGGGCAUUGGGAAUCGGGAAAGACUAGUUUCAAGCUCGACUUAAACCCAGUUUAGGGCUCCUCCAAAAACCCCAAUGCUUCAAACCAUGUCUCAUGGCCGACUCACUAAAAAAAAAAUCUCCAUAGAAAUUCUCCCGUGAAAGCAUAACAGAGCUGAAACCCUUGAAAUUAAGGUAAAAACUAAACAAACCCAGAUUCAAAAUUUGCUUUUUCAGUCUCAAUUCCAUCCUCUUGUAUGUAUACUAGUGUGUUCUUGCUUUCUUUCCUGUAUUCAAUGUGUUAGAACUUAUCUUCAUUAUACAGAGAUAGGGAUGAAAUUUUGAUUUGUUGGAAAAUCAACAUUCUAUUGUUCAUUCCUUGUUAAACUAUCAGUCUACUGAAAUUUUGUCAAAUUCCCCCAAAUUUAUAGAAUUCCUUCAAUUUUUUGCCAUUAUAUCAUCAAAUUCUAGUUUAGAUUUGUCAUGAUACUCCGAAGAAUCAUUCCUCGAGGAGUUAGAGCGUUUCUGAAUGCCAAUCUUUAUUAUGUUACUCCAAUUAGUUCUGUUGAACCUUUAGAAAACUUCAAUUUGGUGAAAAAGCAUUGUUUUGAUACUGGUGGAUAUUCUUAUAUGUCAAGCAAAUCACAAAGUUCUUCUAUUGCAAAUAGAGCAUCGAAGGCUGCGUGCAAUGAUGCACAAGGUGUGUUGUUUGAUUACCUACAUUACACUAGAAACUUGCAGUAUAAUGAUUCAGAACAUAUAAGCAAGAAUUCUCCGAUAUUUCUCCAAUCACUUAUAUCAAAGGUUGAUAAUGAUAAAAACAUUAGUCAGGCGUUGACGAAGUAUCUUCGAUAUCACCCCAUUAAUGAGUUUGAACCGUUCUUUGAGAGUUUAGGUUUGGCCCCAUCUGAGUUUACUUCACUUCUUCCGCGUGAUUUGAUGUUUCUCGGUGAUGAAGAGAUAUUGCUUGAUAAUUAUCAUGUUCUUUGCAACUACGGGAUUUCUCGUGACAAGAUUGGUCAGAUGUAUAAGGAAGCGAAUGAGAUAUUUGGAUUUGACCAUGGGGUCUUGGCUGCAAAACUUCGAGCUUAUGAAGAAGAAAUGGGUCUGAGUAGACCCACUAUUAUUGCGUUAGUUACCUGCUAUCCAACACUGUUGACAGGCAUUGUUGAUCAAGAUUUUGUUCAGUUUCUUGAGAAGUUGGACAGUUUUGGGGUAUUAAGCUGCAGGUGGAUUAGAGGGUAUUUAUCGGAUGGGAACACAUAUAGUUGGAAUAAAAUGCUUGUCAUGAUGGAAUUCCUUGAAGAAAUGGGUUUCAAAAAGUUAGAAAUCGGAAGUUUGUUUGACAAAAAUCCUGAUUUUCUGUUUGAAGAUUCUGGGAAUAAGAUCUAUAAACUGGUAGCUCUAUUACUGAAAAUAGGUCUUUCAGCAGAAAUAAUAUUAUCCUUGUUCCUUCGACAUUCGCUACUCUUAGCUGGGAAUUUUACUGAAAAUCUGUCGGGGGCGCUGCAUUUCCUGUCAGAGAUUAAAAUGGAAACUGAAGAUAUUGCCAUGAUUAUCCGUUCGCACACACAUGCCUUGGGUUGUUGUUCUUUGAAGAAGCAACCUAGAACAGUUCUGUCUCAGUUAAACAUAAGCCCACAAAAGUUGUGUGAGAUCAUAAAGGAAGACCCUCAAAAGUUGAUUGCUUUUGCUGCAAAAAAGCGUGAUACUGGUGGACAUCAACAUCUUCGGGAGAAAACUACAUUCUUGUUGAGUAUAGGAUAUGUUGAAAAUACAGAGGACUUUAUUAAAGCUCUGAAGGAGUUUCGUGGUAAAGGUGAUCAGUUACAGGAAAGAUUCGACUACUUGGUAAAUGCAGGAUUAGACCACCAUGAUGUCUGCAAGAUGAUCAAAUCUGCUCCUUUUGUGCUCGAACAGACAAAGGAUGUGAUUGAGACGAAGAUUAAGCUUCUAGCAGAUCAUUUAGGUAAACCUUUGCAGUACUUGGUAGCACAUCCUAAAUAUUUUUCUUAUGAUGUAGAGAGAAUUAAACUUAGGUUCUCUAUGCAUACAUGGCUUAGAGAGGAAGGUCUAAUAACAAAACGAAGUUCCUUCUAUUCGAUUCUGUGGCCAUCAGAUGUGCAAUUUGUAAAGCUUUAUGUGAAUCUUGAUUCAGAAGGACCAGCUGUUUGGGAAAGAUUAAAGGAACAGUUGUCAUCCAAUGUCGAGGUAGCCAUCUAGUUCUCAGUUGAAGUAAACAAUCUUGACUGGAAUCAUCUUGUGGUGGAGUUUGAAUUGAGGAAUCAACCCCAAGAAUACCAAACUAGAUCUUUUGCGGCGAAGAUGGGCAGAUUUGUGGUUACUGUUCAAAAGGUGGAUCCUCCAAAUGGAAUUGCUACACCAAAUAAACGGGUUGCUGUCACUGUUAAGAUCACCGUUGAUACUUGAUACCCCUUGGAGGAGAGGAGUAAGAGUUGAAAGGAUAAAUGGGGAAAAGGUCAAAGUCAUGUUCUACUAUCAAGACCAACCUUUUCGCGUUUGUGGCUAACCAUAAGCAGAGACAAUGCAGAACGAUUGCAAAUAGCCUAAUUACCGAACUCAAUCAAUUGCAGAGGUUUAUAAGAAAUCCAACAUCAUCAGAAACAUCAAGGGUGUCGGCAGAAAACUCAAGGCAAAUGACAAGUCAGUCAAAAGCUACUCAUCUAGAAGGAUUGAAUCCAGUUGCUCAAGGUCCUCCUGUUAUGGUAAUUCCCUCCGGACCUUAGAGGUAGCAGCGUUUACGAAUGGAUGAAACGGGCCAAUCUCAGUCAGGGGUUAUCGUUCAAGCUCCUAUGUCUCAAGAUACCAGUGACACCCAUGCAAGUCUCUAUGCUACUGAUGAACAGGUUAUUUCUACAUUCCCCUGUCUCUGUUCUUUUGAACUAUUUAGACUGCUGCUUUCCUGGUAGCAUUAUUUCCUUUUUUCCUGCUUUUCACUUUGUUCUCUAUUUGUGAUUACUUUGUCAUCUCAUCAUAUAUACUUUUAGUUAUUGACUCAAGUGCUAGUUAAUAAGAAUAUGUACACCUGCUUGUUUUAUUUGUACAUUUGUUUCUUUCUUUUCAGUUUUUACUUGUACCUUUCUGGUGUUUUUCAAACUACGAAGAUCUUAGCAUGGAUUCCAUAUUGAACUUAUUCAGGAAGAAAUGAAUUUACACCAUGUUUGUUUA